AUGUCGGGUAAGACGCGAGCUGAUAACUGGGUGGACGGCCUUCGGGGUAUCGCCGCCCUGACAGUCGUGACCUAUCACCUUUGUUCGUGCUUUGCAAAUUGGCUCAAUUCGCCUGCCAUCGAGGAAAAUGGCCCGGUCUCUCUCUUCCAAUAUCCAUUCAUUCGACUCAUCGUUGGCGGUCGCAUGGCCGUUGCGCUUUUCUUCCUGAUUACCGGAUACGUGAACUCUUUCAGCACGAGGAAACAUAUUCGAAAUGGAGAUACCAGUUUUGCACUCCUCAAUCUGUCCAAAAACACCUUUACUCGAACUGGCAGGCUUGUCGCGCCUACGAAUGCUGCUCUAUUCAUGGGAUGGAUCGUUUGCCAACUGCAUGGUUAUAGAUUAGCAGCUCAAACCGACUCGUUCUGGAUUAGAGUGGGCGCAGUACCACCAGGGCCUACAUUUGGGAGUGCAGUCUGGGGCCUUCUGCAAAAUCUAACCUUGUUCUGGCAUGGGGGUGUGGGAAUAUAUGACCACACCUACUGGACUAUCCCAUUCUUUCUGAAGGGUUCUAUGCUGGUUUACGUUACACUUUUGGGCACCACUCUCACUCAACCACGUUAUACUAAACUAAUCAUCGUUUUCCUUUACCUCUUUGCCUGGUCGGGUGGCCAAGCACUCAUGGAGUUGAAUAUUUAUGCGGGAAUGCUCUUGGCUGAGUUAAAUGCAGACUACGGCUCACGAGCCACAUCUCUGCUGUCAAGGCCCUUUUCUGCGCUCAUGAUAAUCUUCGGGCUUUUUCUUGCAUCAUUUCCAGAAGAACAUGCAGAAUGGAGGCCCUGGAGCAACGCAGUCAACUCGGUUGCAGGCGUUCUCGUCCCUAGUGGUGGUGAAAUCAACCGCUAUGUGAUUUCCGUUGGAACUGCAUUCAUCGCCUUCGGAGCCUUCUUCUCCCGAGAUGCCCGCCGCAUCCUAUCUACCCCCGUUAUGAAUUUUCUGGGUCGAAUUUCGUUCCCCAUUUAUCUAAUUCACAAUACCCUCAUCCGCACGAUACUAUCUUGGUUGAUAUACCGAGACUCGGCAAUGAAAGAGGGACUGCAUCCUGUGGACGAUCAGGGUAAACCAAAAUACCUCGAGCGAGGGAGUGCUCUCACAUUCGCUAUCGCCAUUCCUAUGUUCUAUAUGAUGCUCAUAUAUGCCUCCUAUUUGUGGACUAUUUAUGUUGACCCUGCAUGUGGGAGAGCUGUUUUCUGGCUCUCAAAGAAAGCCUUUGGAGAGGAUGAUGGUUCAGGGUUCACGAAAGAAGAGGCACUGAAGGGCAGUUUGAAAACCUAG